CUUGGUUUUUAUACGAAUUAUGACUGCAAGUUUACUUUGGGGAGGCGCGGCUUGUGGUUCGAUCGUGCAGUGCCAACAUGCGGAUAUGUUUGUUUGUUUCGUUGUAUUUAUUGCGAGUGUCAGGAGAGGAGUUCCCGUCUCUGAUAACUGCAAAUGCGUCUAUAGCCGUAGUGCUAGACCGACAGUUUCUUGGCGAGCAGUACCAAGCAACCUUGGACGAGCUCAAGGACUACAUCAAGGAGUUGGCGAGGGUUGAGCUCAAACAUGGUGGCGUCGUUGUGCAUUACUUUUCGUGGACAACCAUUAGUCUGAAGAAAGGUUUCUUGGCUGUGUUCAGUGUAGCAUCAUGCGAGGAUACGUGGUCGCUGUUCUCCCGCACAGAAGAAGAGGAACUCCUCCUAUUCGCGCUAACAGAAGUGGACUGCCCUCGCCUGCCGACGGAUUCGGCCAUAACCGUCACGAACGUGAUGCCCGGUGAAGAACUGCCUCAGAUUUUAUUGGACAUGAGGACAGAGAUGGCUUUUAAGUGGAAGUCCGCUGUGAUCUUGCAUGAUGAUACGUUAAGUCGAGACAUGGUAUCGCGAGUGGUGCAGUCAUUGACGGUGCAGAUUGAUGAGGGAGCCUCCACAUCCCCAGUUUCUGUGUCAGUUUACAAAAUGAAGCACGAGAUAAACGAGUACCUGAGGCGUAAAGAGAUAACCAGAGUUCUGUCCAAAUUACCAGUGAAAUACAUAGGCGAAAACUUCAUGGCAAUAGUAACGACUGAAGUAAUGACUACGAUGGCAGAAAUCGCCCGCGAUCUGGUCAUGUCGCACACUCUUGCGCAGUGGUUAUACGUCAUAUCGGACACAGACGCCCAAAACGGGAAUUUGUCGAGUCUGAUCAACGCGUUGUAUGAGGGAGAAAAUGUUGCGUUCAUGUACAAUAUUACGGAAAGUAACCCAGAAUGUAAGAACGGGCUGAUGUGCUACUGUCAGGAGAUGAUGAACGCGUUCAUAUCAGCACUGGACGCAGCCGUCCAGGACGAGUUCGACGUGGCAGCCCAGGUGUCUGACGAGGAAUGGGAGGCCAUCCGGCCCAACAAGAUACAGAGGAGGGGCAUGUUGCUCAAACAUAUGCAGCAACACAUAUCAACUAAAAGCAGCUGUGGCAACUGUAGCACAUGGCGAGCCCUGGCAGCAGACACUUGGGGUGCCACCUACCGGUCCUAUGGGGACUCAGACCAAUUAUUCAAAGAACCAGACAACGCAACAACUAAAGGAGUUAUAGAGCACGUUGAUCUGCUGCAAGUUGGUUAUUGGCGUCCAAUAGACGCAUUGCGAUUUGAAGACGUCUUAUUCCCCCACGUGGAGCACGGGUUUAGAGGAAAAGCCUUACCGAUAAUAACCUAUCAUAACCCACCAUGGACAAUUCUUCAAGUCAACGAAUCUGGUUCAGUGGUCAGCUGCAGUGGUUUAAUUUUCGACAUCGUAAACCAGCUGGCCAAAAAUAAGAACUUCACAGUUAAAGUGAUUCUUCCGAGUCAUGUGAAAAACUUAUUAUCUAAUGAUACUACGGCGGAUAUGAUGCACAGUCAAGACGCAGCAUUGACGUUGAUAGCAGUUGCGAAGGGCCAAGCUGCUAUUGCGGCAGUUGCUUUCACAGUUCUUUCAGACCCGCCAUCUGGUAUCAAUUACACGCUAGCGGUUAGCACUCAACCUUACAGCUUCAUGAUCGCUCGGCCGCGAGAGCUUAGCCGAGCGUUGUUGUUCUUGCUACCUUUCACCACUGAUACGUGGCUGUGCCUGGGUCUUGGGGUGAUCCUUAUGGGCCCGACGCUGUACAUCAUCCACCGCCUGAGCCCGUACUACGAGGCCAAGGAGAUCACCCGCCAGGGUGGCCUAUCCACCAUCCACAACUGUCUGUGGUACGUCUAUGGGGCGUUGCUGCAACAGGGUGGAAUGUACUUACCAAGGGCUGACAGCGGUCGUCUUGUGGUUGGCACCUGGUGGUUGGUGGUUCUGGUCGUGGUAACCACCUACUCCGGAAACCUGGUGGCCUUCCUCACAUUCCCGAAGCAGGAGAUCCCAGUGACCACCAUAGGAGAGUUGCUGGAAAACAAACUCACGUAUACGUGGUCGAUACAAAAGGGGUCCUAUUUGGAAAUGGAAUUGAAGAACUCCGACGAGCCGAAGUACGCGGCGCUGCUGAAGGGAGCCGAGCUGAGCGGAGCGGGCGCAGGCGGCAAUCUGUCUUCAUGGAAGAAGCAGCUGAUACGUAUACGCGAGCAGAGGCACGUCAUCUUUGACUGGAAGCUCAGGCUGAGCUACCUUAUGCGGGCUGAGCACAUGCUCACAGAUACUUGCGACUUUGCUCUCAGUGCAGAAGAAUUCAUGGACGAGCAGCUGGCAAUGGUGUUGCCCGCCGGCAGUCCGUACUUGCCCGUUAUAAAUAAAGAGAUCAACCGUAUGCAAAAGGCAGGGCUCAUCUCCAAGUGGUUGUUCGCUUACUUGCCGAAGCGCGACCGGUGCUGGAAGACCUCCAGCAUUGCGCAGGAGGUGAACAACCAUACUGUCAACCUGCGCGACAUGCAGGGCUCUUUCUUCGUGUUAUUCCUUGGGUUCUUCACAGCAUCGGUGGUGCUGCUCCUCGAGUGGUUCUGUAACAGACGGAGGAGGCGCAGUGAGGACGUCAUCAUCAAACCUUAUGUAGAGUGAUACUAAGGCUGUUUUAAUAAA